AUGACAAUGCAGAUAACGUUGACAAGUCGCAUCGUGACUAGAGCAUGCGCUCUACAAUCGGCGACACGUAGAGGUCUCGCUUCGGCUGCUGAUGCUGCACCAUUAAAGCGUACAGCCUUGUACGAUUUCCAUAUCGCAAAUGGUGGCAAGAUGGUUCCUUUUGCUGGCUGGGAAAUGCCAGUCCAGUAUCAGUCAAUGGGCGUCCUAGCUUCCCAUCUACAUACUCGUGAAAAGGCUAGCAUAUUCGAUGUAUCUCAUAUGCUACAAACACAAUGGAGCGGAAAAGACUGUCUGAGAUUCCUGGAACAUCUCGUCGUCGCCGACUUGAAGGGCCUCCCCGUCUCAUCUUCAACACUGUCGCUCUUUACGAAUGCAGCCGGAGGCAUUAUCGACGAUACAGUAAUCAACAAGCAAACGGAGGAUACCUUUUACGUUGUUUCGAAUGCCGGAUGUGCUGAAAAGGAUAUGGCGCAUAUAUCAGAGCAGCUGGCUACUGUUGCUAAAGGUUGGGAUGUACAUGUGGAUGUUUUGAGUGGUGCUUCGUUGAUUGCUCUUCAGGGUCCCAAAGCAGCAGAAGUCAUGAAAUCACUCGUCCACGACGACUUGACUACUAUGGGAUUCAUGACGAGUCGAUUCAUGGAGAUUAGUGGUAUUCCAACUUAUACCUCACGAUGUGGGUAUACUGGAGAAGACGGAUUCGAGAUUUCAGUCAAGAGCACAGACGUAACAGCUCUAUGUGAAAUCCUGAUGAAGAACGCAGAUGUGGAAUUGGCUGGUCUAGGUCCUCGUGAUAGUUUACGAUUAGAAGCUGGGUUGUGUUUAUAUGGACAUGAUUUGAAUGAGCAAGUUAGUCCUGUUGAGGGUGCUUUGACUUGGACUAUUGGACAACGACGAAGAAAGGAAGGUGGAUUUAUAGGAGCAGACAAGAUCCUACCACAAGUCGCAGAUGCCAAACUAGCACCAAGGAGACGAAUUGGAAUGAUUGUUGAUGGCGCUCCUGCUCGAGGCAAUGGAUGUCCGUCACCAGUUCUCAAGAAGAAUAUUGCUAUGGGUCUGGUGAAGGCUGGCAAUCAAAAGAUUGGAACCGAAUUACGUGUUGAAGUCCGUGGCAGGAUGCAAAAGGCAGUUGUUACCAAGAUGCCGUUUGUGCCUCAGAGGUAUUACAGGAAGCCAGAGUAG